CGAGAUAAACAGUACGAGAAUAACUUGUUGAUUAACAAUUAUUUUCUAUUGUACAAGGAGCUAUCCUAUGCAAUGAAUAUUGGAGACAUUGUGCGUGUUGAAACCUGCAUCAUCACAUGGUCAUUAAUAUUUAAGGCGACGGGCAAACACAAAUAUGCCACAUGCAUGACAGAGUUUUUGAUAAACUUGCAUGUCAAUUAUCCAGCGGGUCUACAGUGA